AUGACCUCCAACAUGAGUGUGUCUGGACAACAGGACUUUAAGAAAGACGAGAGAAUGAUGGAGGGAAAGAGAUCAGACUCACCAGAACCCAGCGGUGUGUCCAUGAAGAGUGACGAGUCAAUGGGAACUCCUUUUAACUUCAGAGACAGAGACAGUUCUACUGAUGUGAGACCACAAAAAUCAAACAUCAACAGAAAACAGCUGGACUCUAUAUUCAAGGAGCUGGAACACAAAGUCAUCACUCUGAUAAAGAAUGAGCUGAAGAGGUUUAGGAAGCUCCUGAGUCCAGAUUACCCAGCAUGCACUGAGAGGGAGGUGGAGGAUGAGGAGGAUCUGCACAGUGUCAGAGACGGAGCGCUGAAGAUCACACUGCACGUCCUGAAGAACAUGAACCACACAGAUCUCGCUAACACACUGUACAACAAACUCGCCCCUGUGUAUCAGACAAAGUUAAAGUCCAAUCUGAGGAAGAAGUUUAAAAGAAUUAAUGAAGGAAUCUCACAGCAUGGAAGCUCAGCACUUCUGAAUGAGAUCUACACUGAGCUCUACAUCACAGAGGGUUGGAGUGGAGACGUCAAUAAUGAACAUGAGGUGAGACAGAUUGAGGCAGCAUCCAGGAGACCAGCAACACAGGAGAAACCCAUCAAAUGUAAUGAGAUCUUUAAAGGCAAGUCCAUCAGAACUGUGCUGACUAAAGGAGUUGCUGGAAUUGGAAAAACAGUCUCUGUGCAGAAGUUCAUUCUGGACUGGGCUGAAGGAGAAGUAAAUCAGGACGUCACCUUCAUGUUCCCACUUCCCUUUAGAGAGCUGAAUCUGAUGAAGCAGCAAAAUCUCAGUCUGAUGAAUCUUCUUCAUCACUUUUUCCCAGAAAUAAGAAAACCAGAAUCAAUAGACUGUGACUCCUACAAAGUGGUGUUGAUCUUUGAUGGUCUGGAUGAGUGUCGACUUCCUCUAAAUUUCCAGAAGAAUGAGAGAUUGUGUGAUGUGACAGAGUCAGCCUCAGUGGAUGUGCUGCUGACGAACCUCAUCAAGGGGAAUCUGCUUCCCUCUGCUCUCCUCUGGAUAACCACAAGACCAGGAGCAGCCAAUCAGAUCCCUCCUGAGUGUGUAGACCAGGUAACAGAGGUACGAGGCUUCAGUGAUCCUCAGAAAGAGGAGUACUUCAGGAAGAGGAUCAGUGACCAGAGAAUGGCUAAUAAAAUCAUCACACACCUGAAGUCUUCAAGAAGCCUCUACAUCAUGUGCCACAUCCCUGUCUUCUGCUGGAUCUCAGCCACUGUUCUAGAGAGAAUGUUGGGUGGAGCAGAGGGUGGAGAGAUCCCCAAGACUCUGACUCAAAUGUACACGCACUUCCUGUUCUUUCAGAUCAAACACAAGGACCAAAAGUACCAUCAGAAAUGUGACCCUGAUCCUCAGCAGACCAGAGAGAGUAUCAUGGCACUGGGAAAACUGGCUUUCCACCAGCUGGAGAAAGGAAACCUGAUCUUCUAUGAGGAAGACCUGAGAGAGUGUGGCAUUGACGUCAGAGAAGUGUCAGUGUACUCAGGAGUGUGUACCCAGAUCUUCAGAGAGGAGUUUGGGCUUCACCUGGGGAAGGUGUUCAGCUUCGUACAUCUGAGUGUUCAGGAGUUUCUGGCUGCUUUAUAUGUAUUUUUCUGCUUUAUUUUACGAAAUACAAAUGUGCUUGUGGGACAAAGCACUGGACUUUUUAAUCUCUUCAGAAAUCCAAACAUGUCUGAUCUCCUCAGGAGUGCAGUGGACAAGGCCUUACAGAGUGAGAAUGGACACCUGGACCUGUUCCUCCGCUUCCUUCUGGGUCUCUCACUGGAGACCAAUCAGACUCUUUUACGAGACUUAAUGCCACAGACAGGAAGCAGAUCUCACAGCAAACAGGAAACAGUGGAGUACAUCAAGGAGAAGAUCAGGGAGAAUCCAUCUCCAGAGAAAUCCAUCAAUCUGUUCCACUGUCUGAAUGAACUGAAUGAUCAUUCUCUAGUGCAGGAAGUACAAACUUACCUGAACAGAGAAGGUUACAGACGUCUCAGUGUAACCAGACUCUCUCCUGCUCAGUGGUCAGCUCUGGUGUUUGUGUUACUGACCUCAGAACAGGAGCUGGAUGAGUUUGAUUUGUAUAAAUAUGAUCCAUCACAUGAAGGUCUUCUGAGGCUGCUGCCAGUGGUCAAAGCCUCCAGAAAAGCUAUUCUGUGUCUCUGUAAUCUGACAGAGGAAAGCUGUAGAGUUCUGUCCUCAGUUCUCAGCUCAAACUCCUCCAGUCUGAGAGAACUGAACCUGAGUGUCAAUAAACUGCAGGAUUCAGGAGUGAAGCUGCUCUCUGAUGGACUGAAGGAUCCACACUGUACACUGGAGAUACUGAGGAUGUGGGACUGCAGUAUUACAGAUGAAGGUUGUGCUGCUCUGGCUUCAGCUCUGAGGUCAAACUCCUCAUCACACCUGAGAGAACUGAAUCUGAACAAUAAUAAUCCAGGAGAAUCAGGAGUGAAGCUGCUCUCUGAUCUACUGAAGGAUCCACACUGUAAACUGGAGACACUAAGUCUGUGUCUCUGUAAUCUGACAGAGGAAAGCUGUAGAGUUCUGUCCUCAGUUCUCAGCUCAAACUCCUCCAGUCUGAGAGAACUGAACCUGAGUGGCAAUAAACUGCAGGAUUCAGGAGUGAAGCUGCUCUCUGAUGGGCUGAAGGAUCCACACUGUACAUUGGAGAUACUAGACAUAUGUAGGCCAGAUGUAAACAAGAAAAGAUGUUUAUUGUAAACAUAAACUUAGUAAAAGUAACCAGACUCAGUGCUGUCAGGUCUAGCCAGUCUGAGCUCUCUGAUCAAUAAUGUGUGAGGAAGUGAAAGUCAAGAGUUCAGCUGAAACAGGCCUCAUGAAGGCAGUAGGGUGAGACAGCUGAAGCAGGCGACCAGCUGGACAGACCUGCUGAAUCUGAGAUUGAGGGUCUAAGGGGAACCUGACCUUUAGUGGAAAUAGAGAAACUAAGGCUUAAAAUAUGCAUGUGCGUGCAAGCCCAGUCUGGAACGUGACAGACUGAGAUCAUAACAAUGUUCAGCUCAUACUGUAGGUUUAGUAAGUUUAAGGAGUCAACAUAGACAGUAACAUUAUAUACAAAGCAACAUUAUAACAGCAAAGGCUUAGCAAAAACAGUAAUACAACAUAACCGAUAUAAUCAAGAACUUUUAUCAUAAUUCAAACUCAUAAAGCUAACAUAUAAUCAAUCAAUUAUAUAAUCAGUAGAAAUCAUAUACAAUACUAAGAAAAUGAGGAAACUUACUCAUUGUAGCUGUAAAAAAGGAUUAAUGCUCAGGACGUCUGUCAUAAAAGACUGGCUUUGACCAGGAAGUAAGGCUCUUUUGAGCAUAUUUGUAAUAACAAAUACAAAACUGUUAUGUAGAAUGAAGAAGACCUUGGUUUCCAGACCUUAGCUCAUAAACUGUUAUGUAGAAUGAAGAAGACCUUGGUUUCCAGACCUUAGCUCAUAAACUGUUAUGUAGAAUGAAGAAGACCUUGGUUUCCAGACCCAGGUCCUGGAAUCUAAAAAUCCAUAAAUGGGCAUAUGGGUAAAAGGAAAAUCCAUAAAUGGGCAUAUGGGUAAAAGGUGCUGGGAAAUAAGGGGAAAUUAGGGAACAGGAUGUUAGUGUAUUUAGAAAACAUAGGAGGUGAUGCCGGUAAAUAAGGUGAUAUGAGGAAGGUCACCAGGUGGAACUUCACUGUGGGACUCUUAAGAAAUACUGGGAACCAAAGAAGAGGCGCUUAGGAGAGCCAAGGUAUAUAUUGAGGAGAUUUUCUGAGGGUCGCGGGUGUGUGUGUGUGUGUGUGUGUGUGUGUGUGUGUGUGUGUGUGUGUGUGUGUGUGUGUGUGUGUGUGUGUGUGUGUGUGUGUGUGUGUGUGUGUGUGUGUGUGUGAAAUUCUUCUGACCAGAUGAAGGAGGCAGCUAAGUUAUGUCCUCUUGAUCCUGAUAGCUCAGAAAACAAAGGGUUUUUUCUUCUGCCUCCUUAAACAGCUUGUCCAUGUAAGACACAUGUAACCACUGAGCUACCACAUCCCUUGUAGAACACCUCGUACUCUAAAACACAUUUUGUUGAUCUGAUCUGCUUUUAAUGACAUUAUACAGAUGUUUUAUUCUUUAUGAUCUUUUAUAGAGAUUAAUGACAAAAUAACAUUUGAGAUUAAAAAUGUUUAGCACAAAUUAAUUAAAAACAUUCAUAAAGACGUCUUGCUCAAAUGUUACUUUUUUGCUUUAUAAGUAUAUCUAAUUUUUUGCUGCAACUCUUAUGUAAAUCUACAUGUGUAUUAAUCAUUAGAGCAUGAUCUGGAUUCUGUUACUGUUUGCUCCAACAUUCAACAUCUGUCUCACAACCCUGAUCAUAAGCUGGUUUAUUUUAACUCUCUCUCUCUCCCCCUCUCUCUCUCUCUCUCCCCCUCUCUCUCUCUCUGUAUUAGAGCAUGGACUCUGUCCUAUAUAGAUGUAAUCUACGUGGAACUCUCAACAGCCUGAAUUAAUGGUGUUAAUGAGGUUCACAUUAAUCUCUAGUGUGAAAAUCUCCUAUAAAAACUUUAACACUUGUGCUUCCCUCGCUCUCUCUUUAUAUUCUAAACAGUAAACUCAUCCAACCAUCAGUCUAUCCAUUAGUCCAUCCAUCCAUCCAUCAUCCACAAACCUUAAUUGAUCAAAUGAUUAUUUUACUAAAACAAAUGUCUGAUUAAACUGAUGUAACUGAUUAAAACCUAUACACAUCGUUCAUUGUGAGAUGUUAACAUGCCACUGUACUGUAGACAAGAGAUCAUCUGAAAACACUGAAACUCUGUCACAACUGUCACGACAUGAUGUCCAGUGUGGACAACUUUGUUGUUGUUAAUGAGAAUUAUUACAAUAAUAUUUAUGGAACAUAACACAAGGCUGUUUUAUUGUAAUAUCUGAUUUAUUAUGACAAACACAAUGGAUUCAGAUCAUUAAUAAUGUUACAAAAUGAAUAAGUUCUACAAAUGUUUCAGAUGAUGAUGGUCUCAGUAUUGGUGGGUUGUAAUAGUCAGUUCUGUGGUGUUCUGUCCUCUGAUUUGUGUCUGUGACACAAACACACUGACAUUUCUGUUACAUCUUCAACUUUAGCUGGAUUAUGGCUGUGUUUGUGUUUUUGAGAUCAGUGUUCUGAUAUUUCAUCAUUUCUCUUCC